CGCGAUUCUUAGGAAGGAAGAAUAAACCAAUCACACGAAGAAGCCGAUUCCUCACGGGAAUCCCUGUGCGCAAGGUUUGGUUUAAAAAUGAGGCGCCGCCUUGCACUUUCUUCAUCAGAGGGAUCUGGGAACAGGACAGCACCACCAGCACUGCGCUCCCGAGACAAGCUGAGACGCGUCUGUGUGCAUUUGCUGGGCGUUCUCCACCAGUGCUUGUGUGCCAGUGUUAAUUUUUAUCUGAACGCCUUCUUCAACUGAAGCAUCCGAGCGGCGAUCGCUGUUUCCGGAGCUGAAACUUCAAGGCGACUGACUGGCCAGCUCGGCCGCCAGACUAGAGGCGGCUGCACCGGUCUGGAGAUUGGAGGUGGCUAGAGUCACGCUUCUUGCCACGUUGCCCCAGGGCGGACAGAGACGAGGAGGGUCAGAGAGAGAGAGAGUUGCGGGACUGCCAGGGAUGGCACCUUGCGAGAACACCACCACCUUGCACACGGGCGGCAAAGUGGUGAGCAGCACUUUGCUCUUCACCGCUGGGCUGAUCGGUAACAUUAUCGCGCUGGCCAUCCUGUACAAACACAAGAAGGAAACGCGCCAUGUGAGCGUCUUCUACAUUCUGGUCACCGGGCUAGUGGUGACCGACCUCCUGGGCAAGUGUCUGAUCAGCCCGGUGGUCUUCGUGUCGUACGCCACCAACCUCACCUUGAAAGCCCUUCCCCAGCACGACGGGCUCUGCGACUACUUCUCCUUCAGUAUGUCCUUCUUCGGCCUGGCCUCGAUGUUCUUCUUGUUUACCAUGGCCCUGGAGUGCUGGCUGUCCAUCAGCCACCCUUUCUUUUACGAGGAGCACUUCACCAGGCGCCGGGUGGUCAUCGUCUUCCCCGCCGUGUACCUGUGCAGUCUGUUGAUCUGCUCCCUGCCCUUCAUGGGGCUGGGCACCACCAAGCAAUACUGCCCCGGCACUUGGUGCUUUUUCAACAUGGCCAGGGACGGGAAGAACUCGGUGUCCUUCUCGGUGCUGUACGCCACGCUGAUGGCUAUCCUCGUCGGCGCAGUGCUGGUGUGCAACACCUCGGCGGCUGUCAACUUGACUAAGAUGUUCAAGCAGCAGAGGAAACGGAGCAACUCCAGCCUGAACGGCAGCCGCGCCAGGCACUUCGCACACUACCAGGAGCUCGACAACCUCAUCCUGCUAGUCCUCAUGAACGUAAUCUUCCUCAUCUGCUCCCUGCCUCUCACGAUUCGCGCAUAUAUUGGUGCAUUUGCUCCUGACAACAGUGAUGAAGACGACUUGACUGCACUAAAGUUUGCUUCGGUGAAUUCAAUCGUUGAUCCAUGGGUUUUCAUCAUUUUCAGGACAUCCUUUUUCCGGAAACUUAUUUUUGCAUGUUGCAAAGAUUCUGCCCAAUCGUGAACUUAGAGUCAGUGAUUGUUAUUGAAAAUGAAUACUUGACAAAUGAAAUAUUUAACCGCCUUGCUAUUUGAUUUCAUAAAUUAGAAAAAAAUGUAAUGCUUCAUUUGCAACAAGGAAGAGUCAACAAAAUUCAAUAAUAAUGGCAUUGCAUUUAGCAUGGUGAAGACAUGCACAAUAAUUUGAAAAGCUUUUAAAGUUCUAUUCUUUCUCAAAAUGGAGCAAAGGAAGCCAAGAUUAAGAUUCAUACAGUUUAUAUAUGCUUGUAACAUUCUAGUCAGAGGUUUCAAACUAUGAUCCCAUGUUUUCAUGUUUGGAUACGUGCCUGUGGUUUGUAUGCUUGCUACUGAUUUCUGAUGCCUCCAGCAUGAAGCUGUACAACGUCAAGAAUAAUACAUUCAAUGGACAACGUUCAUCUAUGUUCUUAAUUGGAUGGAUGGCAUUGCUUUAGAUCUGCAUGAAUCGCGACGUCAACUUGUUUACUCCAGCACAUGGAUUUAAUUAUCCGCAUGAGAAAGAUAAUUGAAGCUUUACUGGUUCGAAUUGGAGAUUUGUGUGGAAUUGUGAAGCGAUUUAGUGGGGCGCUAAAGGCGGUGGAAAUCCAGCAAAGUAUGUUCUGCAGGAUUUUCCAGAUAUUGUGGUCAAAACUGGACAUCAAUGCGGCGCGGUGAAACUUUAACAUAGCCGUUAUCUUUCACUUUGUGGACUGGAAUAUCCCUCACCAUACCAUUGCUAACAAGUCAGGGAAAUCAAUGAAUGCACAAGGCAUGCCGGGAACAGUAUCAGGCAUACCUGACACUGAAAAAAAAAUUUGAGGUGCGAUCGUGAAGAUGCAAUGCAGGACAAUAUGCAUGCUAAGUUGCAAAAAAUGGCAUGCAAUGGACAGAGCAAAUCUAUACCAUGUCUGAUGGAUCAAAUGAAAAUCUGCAGAACCACCACAUCUAAUCAUGGACAAUUAAACGGGGGAGGAGGAGGAGCAACUACAAAUAUUUCCAUCCUCUACAAUGCCAGUGCCCACCCUUCACAUGUUAUUCGCAAGCCAGAAGUGCCGUGGAAAUCUGCCAAGUGUUUCCUGUUCACAAAAGCAGAUGAAAUCAAAGCUGGCUAUUUCUAGACUAAUCAGUCCAAUCAGCAAUGUAAUGGACGGUGUUAUUGAUCAUGCUGUCUAGUUGCACUUACUUUCCAAUAAUCUGCCUAUCCAUGCCCCAUUGAGGCAUUUCAUUGAGACCGCUUGCCUCCAACCUUUGUUCAAAUAUAGAUCACCACAUUUAAUUCCAGAGAUGAGAUGAGUGAAUGUCCUUGAACAACAAGACAGCAUUUGACCAAGUGUAGCUUUACAAAGCCCAGGUCAAACUGAAACCCAAGAGCAUCAAGGGCACGACUGAAGUCAAUGAGUGUCGAGGGAAAAACAGUUGAACUGUUACAGUUAUACUUCUUUAAGAAUAUGGUUGUGGAGUUUGAAGGUCUAUCAUGCUGGCCCCAAAAUAUCAAUGCAGGAGGAAUUCUGGGCAAUGUCCAAGGCCCAACAAUCUUCAGCUUUUUCAUCAAUUACUUUCUUUUCCAUUAGUCAGAAGUGGGGAUAUCCAUUGUCGAUGGCACAGACCUCAAUUACAUCCUCAACUCUUCAGAAAAUCUACACGAUAGAAAAACAUAGACCAAUGUGUGGCAAGUAAUAUUCCUGCCACAAACAUGCAGGCAAUGACUACCUCCAACAAAAGAGGGUUCUAUCAUCAAUCCUUGACAUUCAAUUGAAUUAUCAUUGCAGGUUCACUCAGGAGCAAUAUCUUGGAGGUCAUCACUGACCACAAACUUGACUGGACCAGUCACACAAAUACAGUAUUGUAUCUACAAAAGUAGGUCAGGCACUGGGUAUUAGUAAAGUGACUCUUCAUCUGACACUUAUCAAACAUCUAGAAGAUACAAGUCAGGAGCACAGUGGAGUACUCUCCUGAACCCAAGAAUCUCAACACUAGUUGCUGAUCUGUGCCUCAUCAACAGCCUUAAACAUCCCUCCACUGCCAGGGCACUGUUACAGCUGUGUGCACAAAUAGCACAACAGUUUCUUGCCUAAAUUAUACUGACGGCAUCUUCCUAAUAUUCACGCCAUGCCUUCAAGAAGGACAAGGGCAGGAGCCGGAUUGUAAAGCCACCAGUGGGUCCCUCUCCAAGUUUCACAGCACCCUGACUUGGAAAGAUAUCACCGUUUUCCCUUUGUGGCAGUGUUUAAUUCCUGGAACUCACUACUCAACAGUAUUGUAGAGGUACCUUCACCUGAAGGGACUGUAACGGUUCAAGAAGAAUACACCUCCCGAUCCUCCCCACCCCCAUUUUGUCGAGGAUAAUUCAGGAAGGCCCAUACAUUAUGGCCAUGCUGACCAUCCUAAUAAAUGAUUUGUUUUUUAUUAUGCCCUAUAUCAGGGAGUAGAGGCAUUGAGUACUGUCACCAUUCGUUUGGUUGGACUCCAGAACUCCAAUUUUUCAUGGGGAAAGUUGGACACUAGUUGCUUUAAAACUUUGUAAUGUUCAAAAUGUUUACAUCUGUGGACAUAUUAAUGAAAGAACCGACUGUGAAAUGAUGUUCAAUUUUGUUACGAUAUUCUGUGAGUUGAUGACAAUGAAUUCCUUUGCAUGUGGUUUUAAAAAAUCUGAAUAUUUCACAAAAUAUGUUAUAUUAUGCAUGUACUUACUGUGAUUAUGUGUUCUGCCUCAAAAUUCCCCAUCCUUCUGAAAUGUUACAUUGUGCUGUGCGAACUCUUACACUAGCUCGCUAGCAAGGCCAUUCUUUAUGUGAUAGCUCAAAUGCUUGAGCAUUUAUUGUAAGGGGACCAGAGCACAAGCAAAACCUGUCCUUAACCAACACUGACAUUAUUCAGGUGGGUACUGUGAUGUGGUUACAAAACCUAAUUUUCUCAUCUGAGCCUAUGUGUUGGGAGAUUUACUGUAACAUCUCCACUCUUACUCUCACUGAAGUAGCCUAAGAAGUCAUGAAGAUCAGCUACUGAGUCUCAAUGAAUUAGAAAGUAGUGAAGGUAAAACACUGAGUCAUUUGACAGCUUGCAAAGCGGACAGUUCUAAACUGAAGGCACAUGAGACUGAAGAUACUGGAAUCUGAAGUAAAAAAAAAGAACAGUGCCACUGAAAGAGCUCUGUGGGUCAG